AUGGAGACUUCCACGGAGGAGGAGGAGGAGGAGAGGAGGAAGAAGAAGGAAGAGGAGGAGGAGGAGAGGAGGAAGCAGAAGAAGAAGAAGAAGGUGGAGGAGGAGGAGGAGGACACAGGAGAAGGAGGAGGAGGAGGAGGAGAGGAGGAAGAAGAAGGAAGAGGAGGAAGCAGAAGAAGAAGAAGAAGGUGGAGGAGGAGGAGGAGGACACAGGAGAAGGAGGAGGAGGAGAAGAAGGAGGAGGAGGAGGAGGAGGAGGAGAGAGAAGAUGGAGACAUUUUGCAUGACGUUUCUGCAUAUUUUAAUCUUCUAAAUGUAACUUAACAUCUUUAAAAUAAAACACAAAUUGUUUAAUGUC